CGGAGCGUCAAACUCACCAACAGAAAGAGAGACCCAUGCAAAAGCUGCACGCGGUCCUCCUUACUCACCCCCUGGCUCUUGCUCACUGAAGCUAUGACUCCCUGUUCUCAGUUGCUUCUUCUGUUGGGCGGUGAGGGUUGCCCGGAAUUGGGAAACCUGAGAGGUGAAAAAGAUCCAGAACUCAAACCCUCGUUGACCGCUCUCUGCGUAUCUCGCCGCAAUCCGGCAACUCCAACGAACCGUGUGACUCCAGUCAUCCGAGGGCGUCCUGAUUGUUGCCACGGGUCCUGAAGGAAUUCCGAAGGACAAGCCAGACUUCCACCCCGGCGGUACCAUAUAAUAUAUGAUGAAGCAUAGGCACCGGUAGUCAUCACGGUAGGCUGGUUGCCUUGAUCAUCAUCGUCGUUCGGUCGCCUCGGCGUCUCGUUCACAGGUCUGCAAAGAACACUAGCCAUGGUAACACGAUCGCUUGGCCGUCUAGCCGCCAACAUACUUCGCCGGAUCACACAAUGCAACACGGCCGAACCGACGGUUCACCGAGCCUGUGGACUGCGGCCUCGACACUUGCACACGAGCGCGCAGCGUCGUGCUCCGGCCGACGCGACGGCGCGCUCGACGGUCCCCAAGCCAUCAACGACACGCAGCCGGCAGAUUCGCAAUGCCCGAGCAGUCCCAGUGAGCUUUCUCAUUGGCGGCAGCCUUCUCGCCUCGAUCGUUGCUCUUUCACAGUAUAGACCUCCGGACAACCCGGACCUCAACAACACACUUCCAACCCCUUCCACCGACAGCCGAGAUCCAUCCCUCCCCCGAUAUCGCCUCGCCGACAUUCGAAAGCACGAUGCCUCCUCGUCUGAGCCGUGGGUUACAUUCGAGGACAAAGUCUAUAACAUUACGGAUUGGGUUGCCGCACACCCGGGAGGGGAUGUGAUCCUCCGUGCUGCCGGCGCAGGCAUCGAGCCGUAUUGGGACAUCUUUACCAUCCACAAGGCGCCACACGUACGCGAAAUAUUGGAACAGUAUCUGAUCGGUUACAUCGACCAAGCCGACCUGGACGCAGACGGACGUCCACCCGCCGAGGCUGUGGAGGAUCCCUUUGUAAACGACCCUGAUCGGGACUCGCGCCUCAUCACGCACACGGCCAAACCGCGUAACGCCGAGCCUCCAAAUGAGGAGCUCGACCGCACCUUCCUCACGCCCAAUGAAUUGUUCUACAUUCGACAUCAUAUGUGGGUGCCUGCGGUGGACGAGGCCAAGGCCAACGAGCACGCGCUGACCGUCGAGUUGCCGGAUGGUGAGACGAGGCGGUAUACCCUGGAGGAGUUGAAGACGCGGUUCCCGACUCACAAGGUCACCGCCGUGCUACAGUGUAGCGGAAACAGACGGAACGACAUGACACGACAUGCUGGUAAGACCAACGGUCUGCAAUGGGGUGUAGGCGCGAUCAGCAAUGCCGAGUGGGAGGGGGUGCGACUUUCCGACGUUCUUGCCGACGCCGGACUCCAGGUGGCCGACGCUACAGCACCGACACAGAAGGCCCUUUCCGCCCCACCCAGCAAUAACAAGGCCGACGCCAAUGCCCUACACGUUCAGUUCACCGGCCUCGAAGCCUACGGUGCUUCCAUUCCUCUCGUUAAGGCUCUCGAUCCACGCGGCGACGUCCUGCUCGCAUUCGGCAUGAAUGGCAAGCCGCUGCCGAAAGACCACGGAUUUCCUCUGAGGGCAGUCGUCCCUGGGCAUGUUGCUGCCCGCUCCGUCAAGUGGCUGAGCAAAAUUGUCAUUUCGGACGAAGAAAGCACUAGCCAAUGGCAACGACGCGACUAUAAAGCUUUCGGUCCUAAUGAGGGUGCCAACCCGGACUGGGACCGCGCUCGCUCGAUCCAGGAAAUGCCUGUUACCAGCGCCAUCACAGGUGUUUGGGUAGGAGACUGCGUGCGCAAGGGCCGCGUCCCCUGGAUGGCAGUGAAAGGUAUUGACGAAGACAAUGCCCAAGCGCCAAGCCCCAGCAGGAUCGUAGAUAUGGCCGCAGUCGAGAAAAAGGUCGGCUUCACCCCGAAAUCAUCCGCCAACACCUCCCCAGAACCCGCGCAGCAGCAGCAGCAGCAGCAGCAGCAAUCACACUGCUCUGAAAAAACCCCCGCCGAACCCAUCGCACUGCAAGGAUACGCGUACUCGGGCGGCGGCCGUGCCAUCGCCCGCGUAGACGUGUCCCUCGAUGGCGGCAGGACAUGGGACCAAGCCGAGCUGGUCGACGAUUGCACCCCGGCAGAGGGACAGGCUGGCUGCUUCGGCAACAAAUCCUGGGCGUGGAAGCGCUGGCGAUAUACUGGCCACCUCCCCGUCCUGUCUCCUUUGCCUUCCGGUCAAACUCCCUUGGCACACAGCGGUGGAAGUGACUGCGACGACGAGGAAGGACGGAGAAGCUCUCAGUCAAAGAAACACUGCACCACCCUCAUCGUCAAGGCGACCGACGACGCGUACAACACCCAGCCCGAAAGCCACAGGGGGAUAUAUAACGUCCGAGGCAACCUCGCGACGGCUUGGCACCGGGUCAAGAUCUGUCCUAAGUGCACGGAUAAUGGAGAUGGGAAGGGCGUGGUCUGGUCCACCGGGGAGACCUACGGAUGCGGGUUUAAGAAGGAGGCAAAGGAGGUGAGGGACGCGAUGCUCAGGCAGGGUGCUGGCCCUGCGGCGGCUGGGAAGUGAUGCUCCUGGUCGGCGAGCUGUUGGAGGAUCAUAUGUACUAAUCCGGGAGUUGAGGGCGUAUCUCAGCUGGGCGUCUUUUGAGGGUAAGAUUUAGAAGGCGUGCCCAGCGAUUGGCCGUUGUUUAAUUCACACUUGUGCAUUACCUUUUCUCUCCAGGCGUAUGGGAUGAGCUGUUGGGCCGUUGCUGGAGGAUGCAGCCACCGCAUCGCCCAAUUGUAUCUUUUAUUUUUUUCCAAUCGUGGGUUUUAGCAUAGACAGACAGGGUUACUGCAAGGCUCUUGCCCCUUCCGUCGCCAGAUGUGCUAUAGGUAUCCUAAUCCCAAGCGUGUGUGAAAUGA